AUGAAGAUCACGCAACAUCGAUCCAACCCCGUUGAUGCGCCGAAGGCUGCCGGAGCAAUUCUCACGCCCAACCUGCUGGAUCCUCCUCAGCCUUCACUUGAAGCCAUGCCUCGACACACAUCACUAUCCCAAGAGUUUGAGGUUAUCGAUGUAGACUCGCUAGAAGAAGAAGACUUCCGCCCUAUUCAGCGGCAACGCUUACCCGAACCACGUGCGAGGUCUCCAGAGGUAAUAGAACUGCUGGACAGCGACGAUGAGUUUUCUAUGUGGGUUAAUGGCUCGAGCGGUCCAAAUACUGUCUCUACGUCGAUGAGCAAUGGAGAGAGGUCUAGAACGGGUACGAUUCCGCCCCCUCGACGUUAUAUUUCCCCGCCACCUCCUCCUACCGCAUACAAUAAUGUGCCCCCCGUCCCGUCUCUACCACCCCGUUUCCAGAGCUUUGCCUCCUUCCCUGGUCCCGUGCAUCGUUCCCGUCACCCAGCACCCGUGCCUUCCGGAUCGACGUCCCGCAACCCGAUCCCCGCGCCGAUCCGCCCGUUCGAGCAGGAUUUCGAUUUCCAAUUCGCAUCGCCUCCCCGCCAGACCUCUCCGCGUCCAGCAGCGGUGCCUCCCCGGCGGGCUUUCUCGCCGGAGUUCCGCCACGCCCCGGCUGCGCGGCACAAUCCUCCGAUGGGAUUCGGUGGCGCUCUGAUCAGCACUAACAAUGCGCGCCUUGAGGCCGAGCGGGCCGAGCGGCAGAGGAGGAUGGACCGUCGGCUCGCUGGAGGGCGGGUGGCACCCGGAAUCGCUCAACCGGACGGUGGCAGGUCUGGUCUCGACGGCUGGCAUGCCGUUAAUCACAAUGUCGGCUACAUGCAGGGGAUGGCCAACACGAACCCCUUCCGUUGGGGCGGCGAGGGCGCGCCAGUGAACCAGGUCAAUGUGCUCGCUCUGGGGCAGCUUGAGGACGCGGAUACUCGCACACAGGGUGACGCGCAACUUGCGCUGGAUCUCUUUCUCGCUGAUGCCGAGCAUGGCGCUCGUGCAGAUAUGGCUCAUCUUCGCCGCUGGGCCAUCUUUCGGCCACCCCGAGAAGAAGACAAAUACAAGAAAGAGUGGACACAUCCGCGCAGGCUGGAUCCUGGCUUCAUCAGCGACUUUUCACCCUCUGAUGCCCUUUCUGGGGUGGUCGAGGAUCACGGCAAAGGCAAGGCCAAGGAGGAGUUCAUUGAUGUCGACGCUGAGAACGACGGUGGCCCCAACGUGCUGCUCGUGUGUGUCAAAUGCUUGGAACCCCUCUCCAUGUGCUCGGAGCUCAGUAUACCGGAAGAUGAACUGCGCAAGCGGCGUGUCUGGGGAUUGCGUUGUGGGCAUGUCAUUGAUGGGAAGUGUGUCGACCUAUUACGGAUACCCCAGUCUGCUGCAGAGCCCCAGACUGCUGCUGCGGAACAACCAGAUCAAAAAGAACCAGAUGAGCAGACGGAGGACGAUGGCGACGCCGGCGGGCUCAUCCCAGCCCCGAUUGCAUCUCGUUUGCGUCAUCGAGCUACUCUCGGUGUGCCUACAAACGGCACCUCUCGGCGUGCUUCGGCACAACGAGCCAAAGCUAAAGCGAAGCCCAAGGGGAGACAGGCCCGGAAACCCGUGGUCGAAGUCGAGUUUACUUGGGACUGCCCUGUUGAAAGCUGCCGAAGAAAGCACGUGACUCAGAGGAUCGCUGGGCAGUGGAUCAACCCUCCAGACACCGGCGCAAUCCCAAUGUUUGUAUAG